UCACUUGCAAUAUUCCAACACCCGCAAAAUACCCGUAGCAAAAAGCUUUUACCUUGUGAUCACCCUAACGAAGCUCCUCAAUUCCCUGCAAUUCUUUGGCCAAAUCUUUACUGGAUUUCUUCGUAGAUCAAGUCUUUCUUCACAAAAUUAUUUGAUUAUGAAUAACAGGAGGAGACAUAAAGGUGAAAUUCAUCAUCAAGAAGUUCAUGGGACGACAAGAUCAAACCAUAGAAAGCCUCCGCAUGGUAGUUGGCAGCCAACUGUGCCAUCAUGGGAGAAAAAAUUCUGCUAUUCAGUUGGUUUGGUUCCAUGGCCCAAGCUAUUGGAAACCAAAAAAUUUAUGUACCUCUAUGAGAAUGUAGUUCAGUGGAAUGACUCUGCUGGUGAAGAGGCAUUUCACAAUGCUAAAAACCGAUUUUGGGCGAAGAUUAAUGGUCUUCCUUGUGACAUAUCAUUGCCUGAUCCUGAUGUUUAUAUCGAUGAAAUUGACUGGAAUUCCAAUAUUGAUCCCGAAUUGUAUUUAGAUUUGGAACGGGAGCCCAAGAAUCCUGAUGAGAAAGAUAAAGGAGAGGAGGUUGUGAUUUUUGGUAGUUCUCUCCCCCUGAACCAGUCAUUUUUGUGCACCGGAUGGGGGGAGGCUGAAGAGGAGUUGCAAAAGGCAGCCCCUGCAGUUUUGGAUCCUGGAUACAAACAUUGUGAUCAAAAGGUUAAUGAUGGAAAUCCGUGGGAGAGCAAUGUUCCUCAAGCUAAUGGAUCUGUGAUAGAUAAUGAAUGGGGAAAUCAUUGGAAUGAUUCCUAUGGAUGCAAGAAUAAUUACAACGAGUGGGACAAUAAUUAUAACCAAUGGAAUAAUUUCAAUGAUACAACUGGUGGAGAUUGGGAAACAUGGGAUGGGAAUAACAGGAAGAGAGAGGGUACUGGCUUGUACAUGUCAAGGUACAAAACCUCCAGGUUUCGAGGGAAUGACUAUCAGAUGGAUCGUGGAUGGAACGGAAGGGGUCGGAAGAAGAUGAAUUUUGCAUACUAAUGGUCACUUCUAUAAGAGACUGUUUUGAGGUAGGUCAACACAAUGAAUUCAUGUUGACCAGCAACCCAAGGCAGAUUUUGGCAAAGUAGGAAUUCUGUGGAAGAAGUGGGUGACAAAAUUUUUGUAAGUGUGAAGUAUAUAAUACUGUAGGCUGUUUACUUCCUAUCAUUUUAUUUAUUGUAAAUGUGUGAGAACAUAAUAGUACAUAAAAUAGGGUGUUACCAGCUGGGCUAAGUUCCUAUAAAGUUUGUUUUUAUGAGGCAAUUUUGUAGAUUGCUUGAGAAAGCAUGGGCUUAGUAGUAUUGGGAGAGUGUUAUUGUUAGUUAAAAUGUUCAAUGGCCAUCUCAAGAUAUUUUCUUUAUUUCUGUAGGCAUGUAGUGAGGAUUCAAAUGUUAAGUCAUUGUAGUAUGAAUUAUAUUAAGAGGUUGUUCAAACAUAGUGAAGUUCCCAGAAAAUAUAUUAUUGUUUUGAUAUGUAUUCUGCAAUUUCUUA